AUGGACAGGAAGCUCCGGUUUGUGGAGAAGGAGAUUAAGAAAGCAAAUAUUCCCAUCAUGGACACUGGGGAGAACCCAGAGGUGCCUUUUCCGCGUGACAUGAUUGACCUGGAGGCAAACUUUGAGAAGAUUGAGAAUGAGCUUAAGGAAAUCAACACCAACCAGGAGGCUCUGAAGAGAAACUUCCUGGAGCUGACAGAAUUAAAGUUUAUACUACGUAAAACCCAGCAGUUUUUUGAUGAGCAGAUGGCGGAUCCAGAGCUGUUGGAGGAAUCCUCUUCACUGCUGGAACCGAGCGAGAUGGGAAGAGGUGCCCCGCUCCGACUCGGGUUCGUGGCUGGUGUGAUCAACCGCGAGCGCAUCCCCACGUUCGAGCGCAUGCUGUGGCGCGUGUGCCGCGGCAACGUUUUCCUGCGCCAGGCUGAGAUCGAGAACCCGCUGGAGGAUCCCGUCACGGGGGAUUACGUGCACAAGUCUGUGUUUAUCAUCUUCUUCCAAGGUGAUCAGCUGAAGAACAGAGUCAAGAAGAUCUGUGAAGGGUUCCGAGCCUCCCUCUACCCGUGCCCAGAAACACCCCAGGAGCGGAAGGAAAUGGCUUCUGGUGUCAAUACCAGAAUUGAUGAUCUUCAGAUGGUGCUGAACCAAACAGAGGAUCAUCGCCAGAGGGUUCUGCAGGCAGCGGCUAAAAACAUCCGCGUGUGGUUCAUCAAAGUGCGAAAGAUGAAGGCAAUUUACCACACCCUGAACCUGUGCAACAUCGAUGUGACACAGAAGUGUUUGAUUGCUGAAGUCUGGUGUCCUGUGGCUGACCUCGAUUCCAUCCAGUUUGCUCUCAGGAGGGGCACUGAGCACAGUGGAUCCACUGUCCCAUCUAUUUUAAACAGGAUGCAAACCAACCAGACCCCACCCACCUACAACAAAACUAACAAGUUUACUUGUGGCUUUCAAAACAUUGUGGAUGCUUACGGCAUUGGGACAUAUCGGGAGAUAAAUCCAGCUCCCUACACCAUCAUCACCUUCCCGUUCCUGUUUGCUGUCAUGUUUGGGGACUUUGGCCAUGGAAUCCUGAUGACUCUCAUUGCUGUCUGGAUGGUGCUGAGGGAAAGUCGGAUUCUGUCCCAGAAGAGUGACAAUGAGAUGUUCAACAUGGUGUUCAGCGGUCGAUACAUCAUCCUGCUGAUGGGGCUGUUCUCCACGUACACAGGCCUCAUCUACAACGACUGCUUCUCCAAGUCCCUCAACAUGUUUGGCUCCUCCUGGAGCGUCAGACCGAUGUUCACUAAAGGCAACUGGUCAGAUGCUUUGCUGGAGACUGCUCCCCUGCUGCAGCUGGACCCUGCCAUCCCAGGGGUGUUCGGUGGGCCCUACCCCUUCGGCAUCGACCCGAUCUGGAACAUUGCCAACAAUAAGCUGGCCUUCCUCAAUUCCUUUAAGAUGAAGAUGUCUGUGAUUCUUGGUGUUAUCCAGAUGCUCUUUGGUGUUGCACUGAGUCUCCUCAACCACAUCUACUUUAAGAAGCCACUGAACAUAUACCUUGGAUUUAUCCCAGAAAUGAUUUUCAUGUCCUCUCUCUUUGGAUACCUUGUUAUUCUCAUCUUUUACAAGUGGACAGCCUACGAUGCUCACACGUCAAAAGAAGCACCAAGCCUCUUAAUACACUUUAUCAACAUGUUUCUGUUCUCCUAUGAGGACACCAGUAAUAAGAUGCUUUAUAGUGGGCAGAAAGGGCUCCAGUGCUUCCUGGUGGUGGUGGCAUUGCUGUGCGUGCCAUGGAUGCUGGUGGCCAAACCUCUGGUCCUUCGCCAGCAGUACUUAAGGAGAAAGCACUUGGGCACGCACAACUUUGGUGGGAUCCGGGUGGGCAAUGGCCCAACGGAGGAGGAUGCUGAGAUCAUUCAACAUGACCAGUUAUCUACCCAUUCUGAGGAGGGGGAAGAGCCUACAGAGGACGAGGUGUUUGACUUCGGGGACACCGUGGUGUACCAGGCCAUCCACACCAUCGAGUACUGCCUGGGCUGCAUCUCCAACACUGCGUCCUACCUGCGGCUCUGGGCCCUCAGCCUGGCCCACGCACAGCUCUCGGAGGUGCUCUGGACCAUGGUGAUCCACAUUGGCCUCAGUGUGAGGAGCCUGGGGGGAGGCCUCGGCCUCUUCUUCGUCUUUGCUGCUUUUGCCACCCUGACAGUGGCCAUUCUGCUGGUCAUGGAGGGGCUCUCAGCCUUCCUCCAUGCUCUGCGCUUGCACUGGAUUGAAUUCCAGAACAAGUUCUACACUGGCACUGGGUUCAAGUUUCUCCCUUUCUCCUUUGACACCAUCCGUGAGGGGAGGUUUGACGACUGA